CGGUGGUAACAAGUCGCGUCCUUUUCUCUUUUUCGAGUUUUAUCAAGUUUCUUAUCGAAGUGAAUCAAGUUUCUCCAUUAUUUCCUUUAAGGAUAUUUUUAAAGAUCUACGUUAAAAGAUAUAGAUCAUUAUAUUGUAUCCUCAGAGUUAGCCAGUUAAUAAAUAUUGCUUGACGGUAUUUGCACGUUUUGCUUUUAUUUCAGAAAAUUGAGCAAUAAAAGUGAACGAUGGCCUUGAUGCUCCAAAAUUUAAAAUUAUCUUCAAACAUUCCUCCAGAAUAUAUGGAAAUGGCGCAAAACACGUUGUAUAAAAUGCAAGAGCAUAUUGAAGGGCGCGAUCAUAAAUAUCAAUGGAGCUUGAAUGAUUUUGAAAUUGGGGCUCCUCUAGGACGUGGAAAGUUUGGCCGAGUCUAUCUUGCUAGAGAAAAGACUACUCGUUAUAUGAUUGCCUUAAAAACUCUUUACAAAAUAGAAUUAAUAAAGGGUCGCGUUGAGAAACAAGUUAUGCGGGAAAUUGAGAUACAGUCGCAUUUACGGCAUCCCCACAUUCUUCAAUUGCUAACUUAUUUCCAUGACCACAAACGAAUUUACUUGGUAUUAGAAUUUGCUGCAAGAGGAGAACUUUAUAAAGAGCUAAAGCGUCAACCCGGAGAAAGAUUUAACGAACAUCUCUCGGCCAAGUAUACGUAUCAAGUAGCCGAUGCUCUGGAAUAUUGCCAUAAAAAUAAUGUAAUCCAUAGAGAUAUAAAACCUGAAAAUUUAUUGCUUACGUAUAACGGUGACGUGAAGUUGGCAGAUUUUGGAUGGUCGGUUCAUGCACCUUCGUCAAAACGGAGUACAUUAUGUGGAACAUUGGAUUAUUUACCUCCGGAAAUGGUGACUGGUCAAACGUACGAUAUAUACGUCGAUCAUUGGUGCCUCGGGAUACUCUGUUAUGAGUUUCUAGUCGGCAGACCGCCGUUCCUCAGCGAUUCUCAACAAGAAACUUACGUUAAAAUAAAGACUUUAAAUAUACAAUGGCCAGAACAAAUAACGCCCGGUGCCAAAGAUCUUAUUUCAAAGCUAAUCAAAAGGAAAGGUUCUGAGAGAAUAUCACUGGCAGCUGUAAAGAAACAUUUUUGGAUACAAGAACAUAAGGAUAAUCCAUAAUGAUAUUUUACAAACAUUGUCUCAUAUAAAGUAAUAAUAUAAUGGAUCGAUAGUU